UGCAUCUUAUCUCUGAAAAACUUAGAAACAAUGGGUGCAUGGGUAAUGAUGAACCUAUGGUGCUACCCUGAAAUCCUCUUAGCUUUUGCCUGUUUUUUCUUCAUUUACAUCUUGAGAAACAAGAACAAGGUUCUUGUGAAUUGGCCUCUUGUUGGAAUGCUACCUUCCCUUCUUCUCAACCUCCACAGAUUACAUGAUUGGUGCACCCAACUUCUCCGGCAAAGCGGGUCCACGUUCGAGUUCCAUGGGCCAUGGCUCGCUGGUAUGGAGCUCUUAAUAACAUGCGAUCCAGCUAAUACCAACCACAUACUCUCCAACAACUUCUCCAACUAUCCUAAGGGCUCUGAUUUCUCCAAAAUCUUCGAUAUUCUUGGAGAUGGGAUUUUCAAUUCCGACUCCGAUGUGUGGCAGGUUCAAAGGAAGAUGGCUCACACUCUCAUGAACGCUGCGAAGUUCCGCCAAUACGUGGCGAAGAGAAGCCGCGAAAAGGUGGAGAAUGGACUCAUGCCUGUUCUUGAAUACAAGGCCCGUCGAGGCGACGUCGUCGAUCUCCAAGAUGUUUUAAAGAGGUUUACGUUUGAUAGCACGUGCAUCUUGGUUUUCGGUGCUGAUCCUGGAUCUCUUUCCUUAAGCUUUCCAACGGUGCCGUUCUCAAAGGCUAUGGAUGAUGCGAUGGAGGUGUUGAUGUUCCGGCAUGUCGUGCCGGAGAGCUGUUGGAUGUUGCUAAGGUGGCUGAAGAUUGGGGAAGAGAAGAAAUUCGCCGAAGCUUGGAAAACCAUCGAUUGUUUCAUCAACGAACAUAUUUCGAAGCGAAUGGAAGAAUUGACUGAAUCAAAAAUGGAUACUAAAGAGGAAGAAAUGGACGAGUCUGUUGAUUUAUUAAAAUCUUACAUCAAGUAUCGAUGCGAAGAUGAAACAGGUAUCUCAAAAUCCGAUGGGUUUCUCAGAGAUACUGUAAUGAAUCUCAUGCUUGCAGGGAGAGACACGGUGAGUGCUGGUCUCACAUGGUUCUGCUGGCUAAUUUCAAAAAACCCAAGAGUCGAAUCGAAGAUAUUAGAUGAACUGAGGGCGACUUCCAUCAUAACACAAGGAGGGAAUGCACAAAAACCUGCAGUGUUUGAGCCUGAGGAGCUCAGCAGGCUGGUUUAUCUACAUGCCGCCUUAUGCGAAUCUCUACGGCUAUUUCCGCCUGUUCCAUUCGAGCAUAAAGGAGUUCUCCAACAAGAAAUUCUUCCCAGUGGAGAGGUAGUUCGACCGAGUACAAAGAUCAUGUUUUCGUUGUAUGCGAUGGGAAGGAUGGAAGGCAUAUGGGGCGAAGAUUGCUUAGAAUUCAAGCCCGAGAGGUGGAUUACGGAGCGAGGGAGAUUGAGAUUUGAGCCAUCCUACAAGUUCAUAGCAUUCAACGCCGGGCCUCGGACCUGUCUGGGUAAGGAUGUCGCAUUCACACAAAUGAAGGUUGCCGCUGCUGCUGUGCUCUAUAACUUUCAUUUUGAAGUGGUGGAUGGACACCCUGUGGAGCCUAAGAUCUCCAUAAUUCUUCACAUGAAGAACGGAUUGAUGGUCAGGAUUAGAGAAAGAAGGUGUGCAUGAUGGUGUGGACAUGUGUUACAGAAUAUUAAUGGUGUUGAUGGGGACGGCUUUCGGGCCCGACGUGUAAGUUAAUCUUGUAGUGUUUGAUUAUCAUUUUAGGAGCGAGAAAGAGAAGUAAUUUGCUGUUGUAUGCGUUAGUGUACAAAAAUAUCAGUUUUGGAUAGGAAUCCACUACACCUUUUGUAGGCCA